AUGGGCCACCUGGAGCUGCUGCUCGUGGAGAACUUCAAGUCGUGGCGGGGCCGCCAGCUCAUCGGCCCCUUCAAGAGGUUCACCUGCGUCAUCGGCCCCAACGGCUCUGGAAAGUCUAAUGUGAUGGAUGCACUCAGUUUUGUAAUGGGAGAGAAGACGGCUAAUUUAAGAGUGAAGAAUAUUCAGGAACUUAUUCACGGAGCGCAUAUCGGAAGGCCCGUUUCUUCUUCAGCCAGUGUGAAAAUUGUGUAUGUGGAGGCAGGUGGGGAAGAGAAGACGUUUGCGAGGAUUAUUCGAGGGGGAUGUUCAGAGUUCCGUUUCAAUGAUAGUCCCGUGAGUCGCUCUGCUUACUUGGCGGAGUUGGAAAAGAUUGGCAUUGUGGUCAAGGCACAAAAUUGUCUUGUUUUUCAGGGAACUGUAGAGUCAAUUUCAAUGAAAAAACCCAAAGAACGAACUCAUUUUUUUGAGGAAAUCAGCACUUCAGGGGAGCUGAUCGGGGAAUAUGAGGAAAAGAAAAGAAAGUUGCAAAAAGCUGAAGAGGAUGCACAGUUUAAUUUUAAUAAGAAAAAAAAUGUAGCUGCUGAGCGCAAACAUGCAAAGCUGGAGAAAGAAGAGGCGGAGCGCUACCAAAGUCUCCUUGAAGAACUGAGAUUAAAUAAGACGCAGCUGCAGCUCUCUCGGCUGUACCACAACGAGAGGAAGGCGCACUUUCUGACCGUCGAGUUAGAACACGUGAGUAGGGAUCUGAGCGCCACCAAAGAGUCCCUCUCUCGUCACGAGGACAUGGUCAAAGCCAAGAAAAAGGAGCACGGAGCACUGACCAGACAACUACAGCAAACAGAAAAAGAGUUAAAAGCUCUUGAAGCACUUCUGAAUCAGAAGAGGCCUCAAUACAUCAAAGCCAAAGAGAACACUUCUCACCACCUCCAGAAGCUGGACAUGGCCAGGAAGUGCAUCAAGGACAGCGAGAAGCAGCGUUCCAAGCAGGAGGACGACAUACGCGCCCUGGAGGCACAGCUGGCGGACUUGGAUGGCGCCUGGAGAAGCUUCGAGAAACAGAUUGAGGAGGAAAUCUUACGCAAAGGGCGAGACAUUGAACUGGAAGCCAGUCAGCUGGAGCAUUAUAAGGAACUUAAGGAACAAGUAAGGAAGAAAGUAGCUAUAAUGACUCAGCAGCUGGAGAAACUGCAGUGGGCGCAGCGGGCGGAGGAGGAGCGGCUGGCGUUCGAGAAGAGGCGGCACGGGGAGGUUCAGGGGAAUCUAAAACAAAUAAAAGAACAAAUAGAAGAUCAUAAAAAACGAGUGGAGAAGUUGGAGGAGUACACAAAGGCAUGCAGUAACUGCCUGGAAGAUAAAAAACAACAGGAAGAAACUCUGUCUGAUGACAUCGCAAAAACCAAGUCCAGGAUGUCCGAAGUGAAUGAAGAACUGAACCUCAUCAGAGAGGAAUUGCAGGACGCUGGGAUCGAUAACCACGAGGGGAAGCGUCAGCGGAGGAGAGCGGAAGUUCUGGAACACCUUAAGAGGCUCUACCCAGAUUCCGUGUUUGGAAGACUGCUCGACCUGUGUCAUCCUAUUCAUAAGAAGUACCAGCUUGCUGUUACUAAGCUUUUUGGCCGGUACAUGGUGGCCAUUGUUGUCACCUCUGAGAAGGUAGCAAAAGAUUGUAUUCGAUUUCUGAAAGAGGAACGAGCUGAGCCCGAAACGUUCCUUGCUCUGGAUUACCUUGAUAUCAAGCCAAUCAAUGAGAGAUUAAGAGAGAUUAAAGGCUGUAAAAUGGUGAUUGAUGUCAUAAAGACCCAGUUUCCUCAGCUGAAGAAAGUGAUCCAGUUUGUGUGUGGGAACGGCCUCGUGUGCGAGACGGUGGAGGAGGCCCGGCACGUCGCCUUCGGUGGGCCUGAAAGACGAAAAACUGUCGCUCUUGAUGGAACACUGUUUUUAAAAUCUGGGGUGAUCUCCGGAGGAUCAAGUGACUUGCGACAUAAGUCCAGAUACUGGGAUGAGAAGGAGCUAAAGACUCUGAGAGACAAAAGAGGACUGCUUGUGCAGGAGCUGAAGGAUUUGAUGAAGACACUCCGCAAGGAAACUGAUUUGAAACAAAUACAAACUCUAAUACAAGGAACUCAAGUGCGACUAAAAUACUCCCAGACUGAAUUGGAGAUGAUUAAAAAGAAGCAUCUUGCCGCCUUUUACCGGGAUCAGUCUCAGCUGCAGAGUGAACUUCUCAAUAUCGAGUCUCAGUGCACUAUGUUGAACCAAGGCAUCCAAGAGCAGCAACGGAGAGUCGAAGAAUUCCGAGCUAACAUAAAUAAGGUGGAAGAUGAUAUUUUCCUGCACUUCUGUGAAGAAAUUGGAGUAGAAAAUAUUCGUGAAUUUGAGAACAAACAUGUUAAACAGCAACAAGAAAUUGAUCAAAAAAGGUUAGAAUUUGAAAAACAAAAAACUCGACUUAAUGUUCAACUUGAAUAUAAUCGCAAUCAGCUUAAGAAGAAACUGGCUAAGAUCAGUACAUUAAAAGAAACUCUCCAGAAAGAUAUGGAGGACAUUGGCAACCUGACAAAGGCUGAAGAGAACUGCCUUCAGAUGGUGAAUGAACUGACGGAGAAGCGGCAGCAGCUGAAGGACGUGUGUGACACUCAGAGCGCCAGUGCGGAGAAAGUUCAGAUGCAGAUUGAAGAGGGACGCAGCAAGUUUUUGGCUGUUGAUAAGGAAGUGGGGAAGCUGCAGAAGAAAGCUGUGAUCAUCCAGAGUUCUCUGGAGCAGAAACGGCUGGAGAAGCACAACGUGCUGCUGGACUGCAAAGUCCAGGACAUCGACAUUGUCCUGCUGCUGGGCUCGCUGGAUGACAUCAUUGACGUGGAGCUGGGCACCGACACUGAGAGUACCCAGGCAACGACUGACAUCUACGAGAAAGAGGAAGCCAUCGAGAUAGACUACAGCUCCCUGCGGGCGGACCUGAAGGCCCUGCAGUCCGAUGAAGAGGUCGAGGCCCACCUCAGGCUCCUGCUGCAGCAGGUGGCGUCCCAGGAGGACGUCCUGUUGAAGACGGCUGCCCCCAACCUGCGAGCCCUGGAGAACCUCAAGACCGUCCGCGACAAAUUCCAGGAGUCCACGGAUGCUUUUGAGGCCAGCAGAAGGGAGGCGCGCAUGUGCAGGCAGGAGUUUGAGCAAGUGAAGAAGAGGCGGUGCGACCUCUUCAGCCAGUGCUUCGAGCACGUCUCCGUCUCCAUCGACCAGAUCUACAAGAAGCUCUGCAGGAACGCCAGUGCGCAGGCAUUUCUUAGUCCAGAGAACCCUGAAGAACCCUACUUGGAAGGAAUUAGCUACAACUGCGUGGCCCCAGGCAAACGCUUCAUGCCCAUGGACAAUCUGUCGGGGGGAGAAAAGUGUGUGGCAGCCCUGGCUCUCCUCUUUGCAGUUCACAGUUUCCGGCCUGCUCCGUUCUUUGUCUUAGAUGAAGUGGAUGCAGCCCUGGACAAUACCAACAUCGGCAAAGUGGCCAGCUACAUCAAGCAGCAGACACAGGAGCAGUCCCAGAUGAUCAUCAUCUCCCUCAAGGAGGAGCUCUACUCCAAGGCCGACGCCCUGAUCGGCAUCUACCCGGAGCACGAUGACUGCAUGUUCAGCCGCAUUUUGACCCUCGAUCUUUCGCAGUACCCCGACACGGAGGGCCAGGAGGGCAGCAGACACGACGAGUCCCGCUAG